AUGAUUCCUCCAAACUCAUCACAACAGCCACCUUUCAGCGCUGGCUUCGGUCAACAGCAACGUCCGAUCACGUUGGCAAAUUCUGUCCUUCACCUUCAACCCAUGCAGCCAUCGAUGAAUCAAGGUCUUUACCAUCAUCCACCAAUGAUGAAUCUCAACCCUUCCUCUCAAUCAUCAGGAAUGAUGGGUGGUCGAGGUGUGAUGUUCAAUAAUCAAUACAACACCAGUCACACGAGUCAUAAUAAUAAUAACAACCACUACCAUUACAAUCAAGGUGAUGUUCCUUCCUAUCAUCAACAAGGUCCUCCUCCACAAGGACUCACCGGACAUGGACAGAAUACAACUUUUCCACCUCAACCACAACACCAACCACAACAUCAAACGUUUGUACCUCCUCAGUUCCACUCUGAACACAUGAAUCAGCAACAGUUGUUUCCAUCGACUGGAGGAUUAUUUGAUUGGGUUCAAGAGUUGAUGAAUGAUCCAGCUCAAAUACCUCCACUUCCAGGCUCUGCGUCAUCCCAAGAACCAUUGCCACAAUUCCAUGCAUUGAACAAAAUUGAUGAUCCUAUUCACUAUGAACUCUUACCAGUGACUGCUUUUGAGUACAAUCACUGGAGACAAACAAAACAAGCCCUAAUACUUCAAGCAGUGGCAGAGAAACAAGUCACUGCCAUUGAUUUUGUCGACAACAACAAAGUUUUCCACAUUGUAAAAACAUUAUCAGUGGAUGUUUUGGUGAAUUGUGCCAAUCCAUAUGAAGAAUCUCCUCUUUCACAGGAAUUCAAAACUGCUGCUGGUACUUUUGUCUCACACGAAUUCAGUAUGAAGAUGGAAACAUUUGAAACGCAUUCACAAGCUGGAAUUGGCACCUUAAUUGAGACAUCUCAUGGAAAUUUAUCCAAUUUCAAAUUUAUUUAUCAUCUCCUUCUUCCGAAUGAUGGUGAAUUGGAAGAAGAUGUAAUUGUAAAAGCAGUCGAAAAUAUUCUUCAAACUGCUGAACAAAACAAAAUCAAAUCUCUUGCCAUUCCUCCAUUCAGACAUGAAGGUGAACAACUAUCUAAGGUAAUCAAGGUCAUGACAAAAACUCUGGAAAAAUACUUUGUGGAACAUCCAGAGAGUUGCAUACGAGAGAUUCACCUUAUCAAAAAAGACUCAAAUGCUAAAGGGGUGCACAAAGCAUUUUCCAAUGCAUUUGACUCUCUCAAAAAUUCGUACAAAAUUUAUCUCAAUCAAGAUCCAACUAUUAAGGUUGAGAUGGACAUGAUUGAUGAUUCAGAAUUUACUGGAACAUUCCGUUUUUAUGACUCAUCUAUUGGUCGUUAUGAAGCGUUCACAACGAAGGAAAAUAACUUCUUGUGUGAACAAUACAUUAAGAAUCCUAAAGCAUCUGUUUCUUUCAAGGACGAUGCAGGAAAAGAAUAUCUCAUCAACUUUGAGUUAAUGGAACAAAGGAACACUUCGACAGGUGUCAACAAUUCCAUUCAACUCAUCCCAAAGAAAGCUUCUGAAGGAUAUCUCGACGCUGUUUGGUUUUAUAAGGAUGCAUACCAAAGAAAUAUACCAUUCAAAGCUCAACAAUGUCGAAAAAUUGAACAAUUUUAUAGAGAGGGAAAGAAACUCAUCGAGCUUGACGGUUCGGCCAUUUUGUUCAAUUACCACAAUCAAACCUUUGAGAAAAUUGACCAGUCUUCAAACACCAAAACAGAAGUUGUGAGAUAUCCUGUUCUCAAAAUCGUUGAAAACCAGAAGGAAAUUCACUCUUUUUGCAAGAAAGGAGAUCUUUUAUAUGUUGUUUAUGCAGAUGCUGGAACAUUAUAUUGUGUAUCAGAUGCUGGAACUAGUUGUGUAAUUAUUAACGAAAGUGACACAAAAGCCAUCACCAUCACGAAAAUCCCAAAGAAGAAGACCACUGGAAUGCGUCCCAAAAUGCACAUGAUCAAACUGAUUUCUCCUCUUCAACAUCUCUCAAAGAGAUUCACCUCUGAAAAAUACAAUCAAUUCCUCUCCAAAUUCAAAACAUCCAAAACGAUUACAAUUUCAAUUCCACUUGAAAAGUUUAUGGAAAAACACAAGGAGUUUAAGGUAUUACCUCCUCAUUUACUCCACAUUCAGAAAAUCGGUCAGACAGGAAAUAAUUAUACUGUCACAGGUUUCUCUCCUAUUGUGGAUCAAUUCAUCCAACAAAUUUCAGAAAAUACGACCAGUAAGACUGAACGACCAAAAGCUCCCUCAAGACAGAACAACACCCAACAACAAAAAUCUUCUUCAACUCAACAAAAUGGAAAACAAAAUGGAUCCACCAAAGAUGGGAAACAAAAGAAUGCCCAACAACCUUCACAAACAGCAAUUCAUCACAAUCAACAAAUGCAAGGUACAUCACAACAGAGAUUAUCUCAACCACCUUUGUAUCCCCAACCCCAACAUCAACCAAUGACAAUGCAGACGUUCCUCCAUCUCAACAACUACAACAAAUGCCACCAAGGUUUAUCUUUUCAACAACAGCAGCAACCACAACAACCAUAUCAACCACAACUACAACAAGGAACAUGGAACAACCAACAAACAAGCACUCAAACUUCUGUUGGAAUGACUGUCCUUAAUAAUCAUUACACCAGAAGAAAUGAUUAUUAA